AGAAACAACAUCCAGAGCACAAUCUAAUUCAGAAAUGGAAGAGGAGUCGAGCGCGAAAGCAAAUCCAAUUGGAAACAACGAGUCUUUGAUGACAGAGGAUCCUGAGCAGCCGAGUGGAUCGAAGGAGGGUUCGCAGUCCUCAGGGGCUUCUUCAUCGACAACUGAAGCUUCAUUGAAUACGAUAAAUGUGACUACCCAGAAGAAGCGUUCGCAGUUCCAGCGCAUUUAUGAGAAACUAGAGGACCUGGAAAGGCAGAUGGAUCAGUAUGAGCAAAUGAAUGAGCUAUUCAUUCAUCUACUGGCUACAAUCCAAGAAGAACUAGAAACAAUAUAGUAUAUCCAAUUUCUGUUAGCCUAUUUCCAAAAUACCAAUGUAUUAUCGAAUGGUUCAAGUGUUGACGCAUAAAUAUAUU